CUACGUUCCAUAUGGACUCCCACUCACAGGAAAACAUGGCGAGAGCCCUAUCAAAUUACAACCUGACUUUCAAGCAAGAGCAAGACACAGAUGUGAAUUUUAUUUCAGGAUUCUACAUGCUUGAUAGAAGGAGACACAUCUUCGUUCUCCAAGGGCUGAGACAUAAAGCACUGAAAAGACUUUGGAAGGCCAUUCCAAAUAAGAUAAGUGGGAGUGAGGAGCAGCAGGUGCUAGUCCUCUACAAUUCAAAACUGGGUUUCUUCAAGCGCAUUUAUGAUUUGCUGGAUGUAAGCCUGAGACCUAUUUGUCUUCAUGAGUCACUGGAGCCCAUUAUGAGACAGCCUCUGACCUACAUUAGAGGCAUGAUUCCCAAAUACUGCUUCCAUGCCUUGUCACAUUUAAGCCAGCUAAGUAAAACAACUCACAGAUGCAGUGCACAAUGACCUUUUCCCCUCUGCUGACAUGGUUCUCUGCAUGAGCCAGAUGUAUGGCAGAGAUGUGCAACGAAAAACUGAAGAUACACAGC